AUGGGGCCUGGCCGGGGGGACGCAGGCCGCCCCGAGGUUCGGGCUGCAGGAUCCGCGGGCCGCUGGGGACAGGGAUCCGACAGCCCAGGUUGGGCGCCGUCAGGGGCAGCUCCUACCUGCGCGGGGAGGCCCCAGGCCCAGGUGGCGGAGGUGGCUCAGGCUGCGGGGCUCGGGCUCAGCGUCAGCUUCUCCAUCACAACAUCCCCCGCCCAGGAGCGCGCGGGCCGCGGGGCCGCGCCCGGAGCGGCGGAGGCGCGCGCGGGGCAGGGGUGGGGGAGGGGCGCCAUCUUGGGCCCCUCGGCAGCCGAGCGGAGGGCCCCUCCCUACGGCGCCCUGCGGCCUCGGGUAGCCCCGCGCCGCCAGCCCCCUCGCCGGCCGCCGUCCCUGCUCCCGGGUGGGUCCCCAGGUCCCAGAGGGCGGCCUCAGCAUCCGCCGACCCCCGCGCAGCCCGGCACCGCCCUCCGCCAGGGGACCCCGGACUCACCCUGCGCGCCCCGCAGGGCCCUGGCCCCGCGCCGCCGCGGGGCGACGCUCCGACGAGGUUGGAGCGGGAGCGGCGGUGACGGUGCCCGGGCCGCGGCCGCGCGGGGAGGGGCUGGAGGAGGCCGCCUGCUCGGCUCUUGCGGCAGCACUCCCUGA